GGAAAAGGUGACAGGAGCGAUUGUUUACCUGUCUGGUGGUUGACAGAGAUGCAGCAAUCAGCAGGUGUCCAAACGGUGAGGGCGCUAAAAAAUGCAGCUAUCUGUGUGAUGCUGUUUCCUCGGUUUCUGGUUGCAGCGGUUAUGUUGUGGCUGCUUGAUUUUAUUUGCAUCAGGAGAAGGGUGCUGCUGAAGAUGAGAGAACACGGGGGGAGUCCUGAUGACCCGCCGGUGUGUGUGUCAGACUCCAAUAAGAUGUUCACUCUUGAGUCUCUCCGGGCGGUCUGGUACGGGCAGAGAUUGGACUUUUUCAAAACGGCCCAUCUUGGAUUUACGGCGCCGAACACCGAAGUGGUCCAACUCGACGGGCAGAAAAGAGUGCGUAUCCUUGACUAUGCGAGAGGGAGGAGACCACUCAUCCUCAACUUCGGGAGUUGUUCCUGACCGCCGUUCAUGACGCGACUGUCGGCGUUUCAGCGCGUCGUUAGCCAGUACGCUGACAUAGCGGACUCUCUUCUUGUAUAUAUCGAGGAGGCGCAUCCGUCGGAUGGCUGGGUAAGCUCUGACGCCCCGUUCCAAAUACCCAAACAUCGAUGUCUAGAGGACAGGCUGAAAGCGGCACAGUUAAUGAACUCAGAGGUUCCUGGAAGCACUGUGGUAGUGGAUAAUAUGGAGAACUCCUCUAACGCAGCCUACGGGGCAUAUUUUGAGAGACUGUAUAUACUGAAGGAUGAAAAGGUUGUUUAUCAGGGGGGCAGGGGUCCAGAGGGAUACCGGAUUUCUGAGCUGAGAAACUGGCUUGAGCAAUACCGGAACGAUCUGGAGGACUCCGGGACAGUGGUGGUUCAUGUCUAGCAUGAAUUCUAACCUAUAUUGUUCGUAGUGUUCUCAGAUCAAACGGAAUCAAGAAUUUACCUGAAGCUGCUACACAUUACGGACAACACUGCACAACAUGGCUCAGAACUGGCUCAGAACUGUUAGAGAAAUACAGACAUUUGGCGAUUCAAACGCAUGUUUUUGUGUUUCCAUUGUUGGUGGGGUUUUUUUUUUGUGAGCUUGACAGUUUAUUUGUUGACAAAGAAGUUUUCAUUACAUAUUUGUUAAUGUGUUGAUUUUGCUUAUUUGAAGACCAUUUUAUUUUUAUAUGGCAUCAGUCCUCCAGAUGUAUAUGUAUAUGUGUGUGAGAGAAAGUGUGUAUGUGUAUGGCCAUAAAGGCGUCUCUUUGUAUGCUGGUGUAGUCAUGAAGUUCGGUUUUUAAAAGGGUUUUAACCAGAAAACCGGUACUGAAGUCAUUUACACCAGAGUUCUUAGUGACUGAAAAAUGGCCUUCAGGAUGAACUGCCAAACACUGUUUUGUAAAUUGUGUAUAUUUUACUGAAUAAAAGUAUUUUAAAGUAAG